GUUCAUCAAGAAUUCUUGGAAAUUACAUUUCUGAAUAGACAAUAAUAUUUUAAUGUAAUAUUUUAGUAGAGUUGUUGGUAAGUGUAUACAAAAAACAUUUCAAAAACAAAUCUUUACCAUUCAGCAAUAUCUCUUGGAAAUUACAUUUCUGGAUAGACUGGAAAUUAGUUUUACUUCCUGAAAAUUCAUCAUGGUGCUCGCCUAUGGGUUACCUCCCAUGAAAGUGGUAAAGUUGCCGAACAUUUUCAGUAAAUCAUACUCGAAGAAGGUGCGCGGUUCCCACUGUUAUCGUCUGCGACACAGAUGGGAUGACAGGCUGCGACUCCGUAGACUGGGGUCGGGACUGGUGGCGCCGGUCGUGGUAGACAGCGCCAUCUUGGCAGAUCUCUUGUCGUUGCUGGAUUCACACAGGAGCGGUGCAUCUGCACUGGAGGCCGAUUUCCCGGAAAUAGACAACGUCUCACACAGCUCUGACUAUGGGGGAUCCUUCAAGGGCUGCACCAUCCCCAGACACGAGAAGACCAGACACAAAAGUGCCUCUCGCAGCUGGACAUACGAAGGCUCGGAGAAGGAGUACAUAGGAAGUGCCCCGGUUGUCACAAUACGCGAAGGAGCCAGUCCGAUCCUGUCUUCCAACAUCCCACAUCUUCCUCCGCUGAAAACUGCCAGAGUGCCACUGACGCCCAUUCAAGAUGUCAGCCGUGAGCAGACGCACCUUCCUCUUCCGCCAAUAGCUGAUGGUCUGCCAUUUGUAAACAUCGAGGGUCCGACUCCCCAACAUACGACUCUGACAGACGUACCUCGACCUAUCCCUUCGGAGCUCCCCGCUGAUGUGGAAGAGACCGGUUCUCAGUGGGGCGUUUCCUCCACACAUUCGGACAGAGAUCGAGGUGUGAGACAUGUGUCCACACAGUGGAAAGGAAGCCAACAGAGUCUGAAGAGUUCCAAGAAGGGAACCCGCAGUAUAAUCGGUGACCAGUCUAUCAAGGGAAGUGUGGUGCGUGCGCCGGAUGGGGAAAUUGUCAGUGUUGGUGGCUCCAUCCUACCCGAUGCCGCUUCGCAACAUGGCGGCAGCCAGACAGCUAGAACUGACCUUGACCGCGGCAUUGGAGCAACUGAUGAGUCUGACAUCUCUGACAAUGAACCGGAUGCAUGGAAAUCCGGUUCCAGAGAGGACGUCUUCCGCGUUCCGUCAGAACAGAAAUCAACCAGCACCAAGGAAGCCAGUCGCAAAGAGUCAGCAGGUUCCGAACAAGUAAUAGUGGACACCCUGACUGGGCACGCUCAGAUAAUCGCAGCUCGUGUUCUGAACAGGGCGGAAGCGGGAAGAGAUUUGGAGGCAGACAUUCGGCAAGCUGCAGAGCUGUGGACGAAGGAACACCCGCCUCGAUCCGUGUCCCGCAGCCAAUCAGUGCAGGAGAUCGUCAACACUGAGGCGGUUGAUGAGAUAGCACGGCAGAGAGCAAAUAGUGCAGCCCCCACCGCCCAGGAAUACAAAGAUCUGAUUCGUCAGUCCCUCACUACAGCAGUUGCCAUGGCAGCAGGUAAGGAGCCUGACGCUUUCCCGUUUGACGCGGAGGUUAGUCCAGAGUUGCUGGAUGCGCUGGCCAGUCAGUCACUGUCACCUGAUGACAUUGAGAUCGUCACGGACGCAGAUGGACGCAACGUCAUCCGUUCAAAGAGUCGCAUGCUGCAGGAGAUGGGCGGAGUCAAGGAGGGGCACAUUUACAUGUCAGCUACCAGUGGACCACCGUCAGAGCGGUCUGCCAAGAGGACGAUAUCGAUUCCGUCAGACCGAAUCUCUGUAGCCGACGUCGGGGAAUACGAUGUCAUAAACUACGCCAACGAAGCUGUUUCAGAGAGAAGCCGAUCGUCCCAACAUCGUAGUGUUUCCACGUCACCAGAACCCGAUGACUUCACGACCGCUUUACAGAAAGCCGAGACAGACAGCAAGAAAUCAACAUCAAGUACGAGUCGUCGCGUCGCCCUUGAUGACACGGUUAAGAGCAAUAAGACCGAUGUGUCGAAGAAGAGUGAAGACUCCAAGGUCAGCGUCGAUUCGAAAAGCAAAGCAAAGAAGAAAACAAUUCUAGACCGCGAAGAGUUUGUAGUAGGAAAAGUGGAUGAUAAACUUGACACAAAACUAUUAUCUGGCGCACAUUCAUCUGUCUCAGGAAAAUCUUCAAAGGGUAAACCAAAAGCUCCAAAACCAAAGAAAGAGCCUGUUCCACCAAAGAAGGAGGAGAAGAAGAAAGGGCCAGCAAAGAAGAAAGGAAAGAAAGCCAAAAAGGAGGAACCGGUGGCGGCCCCCAAACCAGCAACUCCCCCUCCUAAACCCGCAACACCUCCACCACCGUCACCACCGAAAGUACCAACUCCGCCAAAAACAGCAACACCAGAUGAGUUUCUUAGUCCAAUUUCUUCUCCGGAGAAAUCGGAUGAUGACAUGGAGUUUAUUAUAAUCCGGGACGAGUCUCCCAGUCCGGAACCGGUGUUACCAGAAAAACCAUCACCCAUACGAGAACCGUCACCUAAAUCUGAGCCCAUGUCGGAACCACAAUCAGAGGAUGAUGACAUGGCUCUGAAAUCCAUCUCGAGUAAAGAAGCUCGAGCAGCAAAACGAGAGGCGGCCGCGAAGAAAAGACGAGAAGAGGUGGAACGACGUCGGAAGGAGAGAGAGGAGCAGCAGAGGAGAGAGAAAGAAGAACAGGAAAGACAGGAGAGACUGAGGAGAGAAAUGGAGGAGGAGAGGAGAAGACUUGAAGAAGAAAGACGAUUACGAAGACAAAGACUACAAGAAGAAAGAAACAAAGAGGAAGAAGCUGAGAAAGAAAGAGAGAGAAGAAAACUGUUAGAGUUGGAGAAAGAGAAACGACAGAAGGAAGAAUUUGCCAGGAAGUUGGAAGAAAUGAAGAGACGGCAAGCCGAGGAAGACUUAAAACGACAAGAACUGCAGCGACAGAGAGAACUGGAGGAAGAGGAACGACGGAAGGAGGAAGAACUGAGAAUGUCUCUGAUGGCUGAACAGGAGAGGCUGGAGUACGAGAGAAUGAAAAAAGAAGAGGAGGAACAGAGACGAAUAAAAGAGGAGGAAGACAGGAAACGUCGUGAGGAAGAGGCCCAAAGAGCUUUAGAAGAGGCGAGACGAUUGGCUGAGGACAUGGCUCGUCGCCAAGCCGAGCUGGAGCAGAGGUUGAAAUUUAACCGUGAUCUCCAGCUUGAGGCCGGUGGUCUGGAACAUACCCAAGAUAUUACGAGGAUGUUUGUCUUCUCCUACUUUGAACUCUUACAGUGGCUCGGGUUGGAUAUACCAGAGUUUGAACUUCAAAAGUUAAACAACUUGUAGCAUAUUCAAAAAUGGCAGAUGUAUAAAAUUCAGAUUUAACCAAAUUCUUUGAGGAAUGUUACUGUAACUGGGACUGGAUCAUUUAAAAUGAUAACAGUGGAUUGGAUUGGAUGUACCAGAAUUUGAAUUUUAAAAAAGGAAGCUAUUUUUAGCAGAUUCAUCCAAUUUGGAAUUUUUUUAUUCUUGUUAGAUACUACAGUCACUAUAACGGUGAUUGGGAUUGGAGGAUUUGAAAUGUUACAGACGCUAGGAUUGGAUUGUACCAGAAUUUGAACUUCAGCAUUAUGUAGCAGAUUAUAAAAUUCAGAAUCGCUAUGUUCUUGUUGCAUUCCGACUUGAACUUUAGAAUAUAUCUGAUGUGAUAUAUCAGAAUUUAAAUUUAAAUUUAAAAAAAAAUAUUUGUAGUUCAAAAUGGUGUAUGUAUAAAAUUCAGGAUUUUUGUUUCUUUAUGAAUACUGCUGUGAUAAACUCUAAGACUUGCAUUAUUUGAACUUAAAUCGGCUUAGAUUUGAUAUUACAGACUUUGAAUUACAUGUAGGAUUUUUACAAAAUUUGAAGUUGAAAUGCUGGGGGGAAAAGUAGAUAGUAAUGUUCAAUGGAUUAUUACUAUUAAAUCCUAAACAAUUUUUGUCUGACAGAUUUCUAUAAAUUGUCACAAAGAUUUGAAUAUACAUGUAGUUUGGACUUCCAGACCGAAGAUAUUAUCAAGGUAUAUUUUGAAUUUUAUGGGAAACACUUGUUUAGUUCAGUGCCACGUGAUUAUUGAAACUCAUCGGAAACUUCGACUUUGAAUUAUUUUAACAUGAUCAUAUACCACUAUGGUUUUGAGCAUGUCUGUCCCGGGACCCACCCCUGGAUAGCCAGGGGCAUGACAAUGGAAACUGUUAACAUGUAAUCAUAAUAUAGAUGGAUUAUAUUACAUGUUAAUAAAUAAGUGACAGACUUUUAGUUCUAUGAUUUUGCUGACACAUUACCAACACACUACUGGAAACAACAUUACCAACACGCUACUGGAAACAACAUUACCAACACGCUACUGAAAACAACAUUACCAACACGCUACUGGAAACAACAUUACCAACACGCUACUGGAAAAAACAUUACCAACACGCUACUGGAAACAACAUUACAACACGCUACUGGAAACAACAUUACCAACACGCUACUGGAAACAACAUUACCAACACACUACUGGAAACAACAUUACCAACACACUACUGGAAACAAUUGUUUGCAUGAAAUCAUGAGGCCUGCAUGCUUACCGUGAAGACCCAUAAUAUGUUGUAUUAUAAAGAACAACAUUGAAGUUCCAAACAUGGAUGAAGAUGUGGAACAUUUUAAAAAAUGAAUUUACAAUUUAAAUUUCUCUCUCUCUCUCUCUCUCUCUCUCUCUCUCUCUCUCUCUCUCUCUCUCUCUCUCUCUCUCUCUCUCUCUCUCUCUCUCUCUCUCUCUCUCUCUAUAUAUAUAUAUAUAUAUAUAUGGUGUGAAUUUAAUGCUUUUAGGUGUAGAAUUCAUCUCAGAUGCCUUGUUACUUUCAUCUUUCAACAGGAUUAGUUUGGAAAGAACCGCCUGAAAGUUGUAUAAUGACCAAAAAUAUUUACUAUAUAUAUAUUUUUUUUUUAUUUUAUUGAGAAAUGUAAAGACUAUACAUUGACUUACAUGUCCACGUGCUUUCGAAUCAUUUACACCAGCAGUGUUGUGGCCGAAAUUGAAAAAACUAAUUGCAAUGCAUUUUUAAUUUAAAUAUAAUGGGGCGAAUUUACAGAGGCUGUUUUUUUAUGUCUUACACACGUGCAGCUGUAUACAUUUACAGUGCUUAAACACCUGUGUUUAUGUCUUACACACGUGCAGCUGUAUACAUUUGCAGUGCUUAAACACCUGUGUUUAUGUCUUACA